AUGUCUUUCUUCGGGUUCGACUCGCAGCGCCACAAUGCGGCAGCGCCGGGGUUUUCUCAGGCUCACGACCCCUUCGCCGGCCUCUCCCAGCGAAAUGACGAAGACGACGAUGCUGUCGAUUUUGACGAUACGUACGAUGGUCUGGGAGACCAGCUGGACGAGAGUGGUGAUGCUUUCAAUGACGACACUUUCGGUGGUGGUGAUACUGGUGCAGCAGCGCCAGUCGGCAAGGACUUCGAUUUUUUCGGCCAGACUGCCAAAGUCUCGAGCGCCAUCGAAGAGGAGCACGUGCUUUUCACUCGGCAGCAGCCAGCUCCCAAAGCGGCUCCUGCGUCUGCUGUUCCUCCUGCGCCCGCCAUGUCCUCUGCGACCAGUGUUCACUACACACAGUCGUAUCAGCCAUACAGUCAACCCGUCCGGACUGGCUAUGAGAAGUACAAGGAGCCUGAGGCCGAGCCCAUCCCCGACCUGCAUGUUGAUGCUUCACUCUGGGGCAUGCCCGCCAAGAAACCCGCCGCUGAGUCUGCCCCCAAGCCGCAAACUCAACCACCCACGUCCGGUCGCAAGGUCAUGAGCUUGGAGGAGGUCGAGAGGGCGAUGCGUGAGCAAGCCCAGCGCCCGAGUCAACCUUCGGUCCAGCCCGCCCCUCCACCACAGGAAUACGCCGCUGAUCGUGUCGACUACUAUGCGCGUCCUGAUUCCGCCCAGAGGCAGCAGCUAUAUGGCGCGGAGCAGUCGCAACUCCCUCAGCCUCCUGUACAUCACGGCCAUGGCCAUCCCGUCACCAUCCUGCAACGACCUCAUUCUCGCACGCCACAGCAGACUGGUCCCGUUUCUAGUGUUCCUAGCCCCCAACCUCGGAGCCAUCACCAGCUACCUCAAGCUUCACCUAUCCAACCCACUCAGAUUCUUCAGAACCCCAACCGUCUUUCUGGUGAUGCAUCGCGCAUCGGUCUUCCCACCCAACCUGCGCACCGUUCUCAGGGCUCCGUAAACCGUAACCAGCAGCAACAGCAGCAGCAUUUUGCCCAGUUAUCCGAGGAAGACAAGGCCGCCUACCUGGACCAGGAGACCAAGCGAGCCAAACGUAAUCAUAAGAUCUGGCUUUUGUCCAAGGACAAUGGGCUCAUGACGCCGCAAGACAAGAACUUCAUCACUCGCAUCCAACUGCAGCAGCUGGUGUCGGCAACUGGCAACCCCGGUGAAGUGGGAAACGAGGGUUCUCUGGCAGAGGACUUCUACUACCAGGUUCUCUUUCAGAUCCGUGGAGGUCAGCGUCAAAAUCCCAACCAACCCCUGAACAACUUCGCGCAGACAUAUCUCUUCCAGACGGGAAGUCGACAAGGCGGGAUGCGACGACAGGGUCGGGCCGCCGAGAACCACGCCCAAAGAAUGGAACAGCAAGUGCAGCGGGCCGUCGAGGCUGCGAAGAACAAGCCCAAGAACCCGCAACUUGUCAUUGCGGGCAGCCUGGGCAAGAUCUCCUUCAGCAACGCCAAGACCCCGAAGCCGUUGCUUAAUAUCAAGCGCGGUGGGGAUGCGGGGGAUGGUCACCGAGCUGCUUCCAACAAGCGAAUGGGUUCCUCUUCCACUGCCCUCGACAGGAAAGCGAUCCUAAGGAACAUUGAGCGUGUCUACAAUACCGUCAUGCUCAUGGAGGACCACGCGAGACUGGCGCCGCCCCCGCCUACGAACGGAAAUCACGAGGAGUUCCACGCCAAGCACGGCGAGUGGUUGGCGACUGCGCAGGCUUUGAACGCCAAGCUCUGGGAUGAGCUCAAAGUCCACGAACCUAUCCGCGAAAACACGGUCCAUCCUUUCAUCGCAUUUCUAACGUUCCCCAAGGGCAAAAAGGUGUUCUCUCGUGUGUUCCGCCAUAUCAGCUUCGAACAGCGGACCACCAUUCUCACCAUGAUCAUCUUCCAUCUGGACUCGCUGGAUGUCGUCCGCGACGCACAACUUACUCACGGAGAGAAGAACCUCAGUGCUCAGAUGCGCGAGAACAUUGAGCUUUUCUCCAUGUCUGUUAUGCCCAGCCUCUUUGCAUACUUCAAUGAUACGCAGAUCGAUAUCGUUACGGGCGUCCUGGGCAUCAUCACGAAGUUGAAUGUUGACCAGAUCGCCAAGACGCGCGUUGGCACGUCUAUGCUGACCCUGGUCUUGAGCCGGGCUGAGUUGCUCAAACAGGCUGGAGGAGGCGAUCCUCGACUGUGGAACGAAUGGGACCAAACAUUCGACGCCUUCUUCAACGUCCUCGAGCCCACCCUGCCACAUAUGUUCCCCGGCAGCGUGAAUGCCGGCGAAGACGUCCUCGUUUGGCAGCUCCUGGCCGCCAUCGGUGUCAGCGCCAACCCCGAGCAGCAGCAGCGUCUUGUACUUGCUGUCAAGGACCGCGUCCUGGAUACGGUUGCGCAUGCGAAGACUCUGCCCGCAUCUCUUGCCGCGCAGCGCUUGGGAACGGUGAAUUUGUUCAUGCACUCGAUUGGAUUGGACGUUGAAUUGUUGCAGUAA